UCAACCAACGAGCGUCGAGCGGGCGGGGCCGCAAGCGAGCGAGAGAGAGAGAGCUCAGUUUUCAAUCUCAGCAUGGAACAGACAUAUUCACAGAUGUAUCUGUAGAUAUACGUAUACACACACAUAUAUACUUGAAGGUUACAAAGUCUUUCAAAUUAUCCAAUCACUACAAUCCUCCGAUCUUCUUCUCCGAGAGGGAGAGACGUUUCGCGCCAUGGUGGCUCAGGUGGAGAGACCCUCCAGUGACGACCUCGACGCCGGCGACUGCUUGGAGAAGACCAAGACCUUGAUCGGCGCUCUCAAUAUCAUCUCGCGUGACCUCCCUCUUCCCCGAGACGUCUACGACGCCGUAGUCUCUAUCUACCGGGGCGACGAUGCUGACUGCGGGGCCGACGCCGUUAACGGCGGCGGCGUUGGGGAAUCUGGUGGCAAUGCCGUCGAGAAUGUUUCGGUUGGUUGUGGCAUUGCAAAACAAGGAGACUUGAUGAUGAACCUUGGGGAUGCCCUAAACAAGCACCGACCAAAUUGUAUGUCUGGUUCUCGAUUGGCAGAAUUAAGAGACACUCGUUUGCAGAGCCACAUCCAGCAGCGUGUGACAGAACUUGAAGAAUUGCCUUCAAGCAGAGGCGAGGACAUGCAGUCAAAGUGCUUGCUUGAACUCUAUGGACUGAAGCUUGCAGAGUUGCAGAGAAAGGUUCGCUAUGAUGUGAGUUCAGAGUACUGGCUCCGUCUACACUGUGCAUAUCCUGACAAGCAAUUGUUUGAUUGGGGCAUGAUGCGGUUGCGUCGUCCUCUAUAUGGUGUUGGAGAUGCUUUUGCGAUGGAAGCUGAUGAUAACCUGAAGAAAAAGCGUGAUGCUGAGAGACUAUCAAGGUUAGAAGAGGAGGAAAAGAAUCUUGUUGAGACUAGGAAGAGGAAAUUUUUUGCAGACUUGCUUAAUGCAGCACGUGAACUCCAAUUGCAAGUACAAGCAGCUCAGAAACGCCGGAAACAAAGGAAUGAUGCUGUUCAGGCGUGGCAUGGAAGACAAAGGCAACGUGCUACACGGGCUGAGAAGUUGAGGUUUCAAGCCCUGAAAGCUGAUGAUCAGGAAGCUUACAUGAAAAUGGUGGAGGAGAGUAAGAAUGAACGGUUGACCAUGCUCCUAGGGAAAACUAAUGAUCUCCUAGUUCGCCUGGGAGCUGCUGUCCAACGUCAAAAAGAUGCUGAACAUGAUGGAAUCGGACCCUUGAAAGACUCAGAUGCUGACUUGCCUGAUUUGUCUGCUUCAAAGAGUGGAACUCCUGGGGAUUCCCUUCCUGAGGAAGAUGCUGACUUGGUUGACACUGAAUCCAGCCUCCGUGUUAAGACAGGGGAUCUACUUGAAGGCCAGCGACAGUAUAACUCAGUUAUUCAUUCAAUUCAGGAAAAGGUAAUAGAGCAACCUUCCAUGCUUCAAGGUGGAGAACUGAGGCCCUACCAGUUGGAAGGGCUACAGUGGAUGCUGUCUUUAUUCAAUAACAAUCUGAAUGGAAUCUUGGCAGAUGAAAUGGGGUUAGGCAAGACAAUCCAAACGAUUUCCUUGAUUGCUUAUCUCGUGGAAAACAAGGGUGUCACUGGGCCUCACUUGAUUAUAGCCCCAAAGGCUGUACUACCAAAUUGGGUUAAUGAGUUCUCAACCUGGGCUCCUAGUAUUGUUGCAGUGCUCUAUGAUGGGCGUCUAGAUGAAAGAAAGGUAAUAAGGGAAGAAUAUUCAGGAGAGGGAAAAUUCAAUGUCCUCAUCACACACUAUGAUCUUAUUAUGAGAGACAAGGCAUUUUUGAAGAAAAUACAUUGGUACUACAUGAUUGUUGAUGAAGGACACAGGUUAAAGAAUCAUGAAUGUGCUCUUGCAAGGACUAUUGUUUCAGGCUACCGGAUACGCCGCAGGCUUCUAUUAACUGGCACUCCUAUACAGAAUAGUUUGCAGGAGUUAUGGUCCUUACUCAAUUUUCUCCUUCCUACCAUUUUUAACUCUGUCGAGAAUUUCGAGGAUUGGUUUAAUGCACCCUUUGCCGAUCGAUGUGAUGUUUCCCUGACAGAUGAAGAAGAACUAUUGAUCAUUCGUCGUCUGCACCAAGUUAUAAGGCCAUUUAUAUUGAGGAGGAAGAAAGAUGAGGUGGAGAAGUACCUUCCUGGGAAAACACAGGUCAUAUUAAAAUGUGAUAUGUCCGCAUGGCAGAAAGUAUACUAUCAGCAAGUCACAGAUCUAGGGAGGGUUGGACUGGGAACUGGAUCUGGGAAGUCCAAGAGUCUACAAAACCUGUCAAUGCAGCUCAGGAAGUGUUGUAAUCACCCUUACCUAUUUGUGGGAGAAUAUAAUAUGUGGCGCAAGGAAGAGAUUAUUAGAGCAUCGGGGAAAUUUGAGCUACUUGAUCGUUUGCUACCAAAACUCCGCAGAGCAGGACACAGAGUCCUCCUUUUUUCACAAAUGACCCGUCUGAUGGACAUUCUUGAAAUUUAUUUGCAGCUUCAUGAUUUCAAAUAUCUUAGACUUGAUGGCUCAACAAAAACUGAGGAAAGAGGAACUCUACUAAAGCAAUUCAAUGCUCCUGAUUCUCCUUACUUCAUGUUCCUUUUGAGCACUCGUGCUGGGGGACUUGGUCUGAAUUUACAAACAGCAGAUACCGUGAUCAUUUUUGACAGUGACUGGAACCCCCAAAUGGAUCAACAGGCAGAAGAUAGGGCACAUCGUAUUGGACAAAAGAAGGAAGUUAGAGUUUUUGUUUUGGUUAGUGUUGGAUCAAUUGAGGAGGUAAUUUUGGAGCGUGCAAAACAGAAGAUGGGUAUUGAUGCUAAGGUCAUCCAGGCAGGGCUGUUCAACACAACCUCCACAGCCCAGGACCGAAGAGAGAUGCUGGAGGAGAUCAUGCGAAGAGGUACAAGCUCACUUGGGACUGAUGUACCAAGUGAAAGGGAAAUUAACCGUCUUGGAGCACGUUCUGAUGAGGAGUUCUGGCUGUUUGAGAAAAUGGACGAGGAGAGAAGGCGGCAGGAGAAUUACAGAUCUCGUCUUAUGGAAGAACAUGAGGUACCAGAUUGGGCAUAUACUGCACCAGAAAAUAAGGAAGGCAAAGGCAAAGGGUUUGAUCAUGAGAUCAGCAAGCUCACUGGAAAGAGAAGAAGAAAAGAGGUGGUUUAUGUGGAUACACUUAGUGAUUUACAGUGGAUGAAGGCCGUGGAGAACGGUGAGGACGUAGCAAAGCAUUCUUCCAGAGGAAAAAGGAGGGAGCAUCUUCCUACCACAGGCAGUGACAUUGUGAGUUAUAGUGCAGGGGAGGAGAGGAAAGUAUCAGAAGUGAAGAGCGAAAACAUGUCCAUGGCAAGCGAGGGAACCAGCGAAGAUACUGCCAGUUUGAACUUGAGGAGGUCCAGAAGUGAGAUGGAAUAUCCCCAGAAAACACAAUAUCAGGGCAUUGAGGGCAGUGGCUAUAUGUUGAACUGGAAGCCUUAUAAACGGAAAAGAUCAAGCUUAGCAUCCUGAAAAGUGCUGAAUCUAGGGCUAGAGAUGAAUUGCUAACAACACGGGACUUGGAUAGAAGUGUGUUUGAAGUAGCGUGGUGAAAACACUGAUGUAUAGCCUGGCUUGUUAUAACUUGAGCAACUCAAACUCAUUCUCCGGCGCUUUGCUUCUUCAGUGCUCCUGGUUGCAGCUAUUCCAUGUUCUUCCUACACUUGUCCAUUGAUUGGCUGCCCUCAGCAGUUGUUAUAUGUCUUUGCAUGAUAGUUGGAAUGUAAAGCUGUUACAUUUAUGAAAUGGAGCUGUAUUUGCCUCCAAAUUCAUGAUUUGCUAGAGCUAACAUAAAAUAAUCAUAUAGAAUUUGUUUUACCUAAUUUGCAUGGGCUGUGCCAUACUCACACAACACCUUGAUUGUGGGAUUUGGUUGAUGGCAACAAUUUGAUUGCUCUAGCUAUUGGUUGUUCUGCUUUGCAUGGAACUUAAAGUGAUUGCCUAAUGCUUCAAUAAUAGAGCUUAAAGGUGGAAGAGUU